AUGAAAAAUAUCAAAUCAGUGAUUUAUUUACUCAUUUUCGUGAGAUUGUCGGUAGCAUAUUGUAAUGAACAUGAACAAGAAGAGUUCAAUAGAUCUUUGAACAAGCGUAGUUGUGUUGCUCUUGGUGAUAUAUGCAAUACUGGUACCGAUUGUUGUGGUUGGGAUGCACUGAAUUGGGGCCAUUGUGUUAUGUGUUCACGCGGUCUUUUCGGAAUUCAUCGUCGUUGUGGUUGUGAUGUGACUGGCUCUGUUACUGUUGAUAGUAACAAUCGUGUUAGUAGUGACCGUUGUGAUGGACGGAAGAGUAAGAGCGAUCGUUGUCGCACUCGUGUUGCUCCACCUGGCCAUCGUUAUUAUCGUGGUAAAUCAGUCGUAUAA